AGAAGGAACUGGAACUAGAGGGUCUGAUAGGACACAAGGGAUAAAAAGGUAUAGAGAUCGUUGAGACCAUAAGGUUUCUGACAUGGAAAUGGUGACUGGAUUAGGUGUUGAGCCAGAGGUGCAUUUGGGAAUGCAGGGUAGACUUGGAAAAAAGGGGUGGACUAGGGUGGGAUGUGUUGGCUGAAGGGAAGAGGUCCAAAAGGGGGGCAUUGCUGUAGGCCAGAAUUUCAAGGCAGGAGAGGUGGUCAGCUGGGGAUAUAUGCCUCUGUCCCAGCAGUCUUUACAUGAGCCAGUCCAGGGUCGGGAGGAAGGAGGGGUAGGUGGGCAGAAGUCCCAGGACUGGGAGAUACACAGGGGGCCAGCACAGAGAAGUGAGCAUGCGGGAUGGGAGUCAGUGGAGGGCCUGGAGCUGGCAGGUCCCAGGGAAGGGAGAGAAGGAGGUAGCAAUGGGAGUGGUGCUCCUGAGCCCCAGUAUCCAGGAGGAAAGCCUCUUUUUGUCAGGUUUCACAGUAGGAUCUAUUUUUCAUUUUUUUCUUUUAAAGAUACAGUAGGAAAUUGGAGAAGAAACAAAUUGGGGGAGAGGACAGUGGAAUGGUGGGAGGUAGGAAAGGCAGAUGUUCACAGCGUGUGUGGCAGGUGGUGCCUGGGCCCUGCCUGCCAGUGGGCUGGAGAGAGUGCAGUCCUGCCCCACAGCGCGGUGCAGAACUGGACAGCCUGACCCAGGGCCCCUGACUGUCCACAGUUGCUUCUGGUUAGUUUGGAAUAUGCGGCCAAAGCAUGUUUGCAGAAGGUGUUUUUACUGAUUGGGUUUCUAAGGCUGCUAUUCAAAUUAGUUUGCACUUUCUGAAAUACUCAAUUUUUAGAAAGUAGCCUUUAAUUUAAAACGAUACAGGUGAUGUCAAAUGCACCAGGUUUAAUUGAAGUUCCUGUGCUUGACUCUCAGAAUCUUGGUAAAAGAAGGCACCUCCCCUGGGUCUCCUGACUGCCGCUCAGGCCUGUUGUCAUUUUUAUACAUCUAUUCCUGCAUGGGGGAACCCAGUUUUGUUUUUUCUCAGUGGAAAGGAGGAAGAGCUCUUAGGACCUGGUCUGUGCUGGUACUUCAUGUUCAAUGUUUACCAAUUUUAGAUUUCCCCAACAGGCUGGGUGCUUUUAUUUCCCUUUUUUCUGUUGAGGAACCUGAGACUCAGGUUGGUCAUGCGGUAAGUCUGUGGUGGAGUGGGGGCCCCAGCCUAGCUUGGUCUGUCUUCAGAACCCUUCAAUUUCCCCAGCGAUGCUGAAAGAGAUAAAAUGGGAUGAAGAAUCUUGGCAAUGAAGGGCCACAGGUCAUCAGGAAGAAGGCCCCAAGUUUGGACGUGUGGUGGGAGGGGAGAGGGAGUUUAAGACCACAUGGGAAGCAUGGUGAGCUGGAGGGAGGAACAGAAGUCAUGGGCAGCAGGUGCCGCUGGGAGCAGGGCUGGCCAUUUUGUGCAGGGUGGGUGUUGACUUCCCUGGCUUAUUUGCCAUCCCCUCUGUCUUGCCAGCUGACGGCCGCAGUAGUGGUCUGGUGUGGUGGUCAGGAUGGCGGAAGAGCAGGAGUUCACCCAGCUGUGCAAGUUGUCUGCGCAGCCCGCUCACCCACACUGCGUCAACAACACCUACCGGAGCACACAGCACUCCCAGGCCCUACUCCGGGGGCUGCUGGCCCUUCGGGACAGUGGCAUCCUCUUUGACGUCGUCCUCGUGGUGGAGGGAAGACACAUUGAGGCUCAUCGCAUCCUGUUGGCUGCAUCCUGUGAUUACUUCCGAGGAAUGUUUGCUGGGGGGUUGAAGGAGAUGGAACAGGAAGAGGUCCUGAUCCACGGUGUGUCCUACAAUGCCAUGUGCCAAAUCCUGCAUUUCAUAUACACCUCUGAGUUGGAGCUCAGCCUGAGCAACGUCCAGGAGACGCUGGUCGCUGCCUGCCAGCUUCAGAUCCCAGAAAUCAUCCAUUUCUGCUGUGAUUUCCUCAUGUCCUGGGUGGAUGAAGAAAACAUCCUUGAUGUCUACCGCCUGGCAGAGCUGUUUGACUUAAGCCGCCUGACCGAGCAGCUGGACACCUACAUCCUUAAAAACUUUGUGGCCUUCUCACGAACUGACAAGUACCGCCAGCUUCCCCUGGAGAAGGUCUACUCCCUCCUGAGCAGCAACCGCUUAGAGGUCUCCUGCGAGACUGAGGUGUACGAGGGCGCCCUGCUCUACCAUUACACUCUGGAGCAGGUGCAGGCCGACCAGAUCUCACUGCACGAGCCCCCGAAGCUCCUCGAGACGGUGCGGUUUCCCCUGAUGGAAGCUGAGGUCCUCCAGCGGCUGCAUGACAAGCUGGACCCCAGCCCGCUGAGGGACACGGUAGCCAGUGCCCUCAUGUACCACCAGAAUGAGAGCCUGCAGCCCAGCCUGCAGGGCCCGCAGACAGAGCUGCGGUCAGACUUCCAGUGUGUCGUGGGCUUUGGGGGCAUUCACUCCACGCCGUCCACUGUCCUCAGCGACCAGGCCAAGUACCUGAAUCCCCUGCUGGGAGAGUGGAAACACUUCACUGCCUCCCUGGCCCCCCGAAUGUCCAACCAGGGCAUCGCGGUGCUCAACAACUUUGUGUACCUGAUUGGAGGGGACAACAACAUCCAGGGGUUCCGAGCCGAGUCCCGAUGCUGGAGGUAUGACCCAAGGCACAACCGUUGGUUCCAGAUCCAGUCCCUGCAGCAGGAGCACGCCGACCUGUGUGUGUGUGUUGUGGGCAGGCACAUUUACGCGGUGGCUGGCCGUGACUACCAUCAUGACCUGAAUGCUGUGGAGCGCUAUGACCCCACCACCAACUCCUGGGCCUACGUGGCCCCGCUCAGGAGGGAGGUGGCCUGCUACAGCUGCACAUCUGUGCAGUGGUCAUCCAUCUGCCCGCUCCCAGCGGGGCAUGGCGAGCCUGGCAUUGCUGUGCUGGACAACAGGAUCUAUGUGAUGGGCGGCCGCUCACACAACCGUGGCAGCCGCACGGGCUACGUGCACAUCUACGACGUGGAGAAGGACUGCUGGGAGGAGGGGCCCCAGCUGGACAACUCCAUCUCCGGCCUGGCGGCCUGUGUGCUCACCCUGCCCCGCUCCCUGCUCCUUGAGCCGCCCCGCGGGACCCCGGACCGCAGCCAGGCAGACCCAGACUUUGCCUCCGAGGUGAUGAGUGUGUCUGACUGGGAGGAGUUUGACAACUCCAGUGAGGACUAGGGCUCCAGGUGCCUGUUGUCUAAGGGGUGGAGGGAGCUCUGAGGGAGCAGGGCCCCCAGGCAGUACUUUACCCUUUACCUUGGGACACUGGCAGCCAGCCCUUCCUUCCGGUACUACCGCCCUGCCUGCCAGCCUGCAGCAGUGCAGGCUCUGCAGAUGUGGGUUACCCUUCUGUGGAAAAUGCUCGUGAAGGGCUCUGGUUCUCUGAUGAAGUUACCGGGCCUGCUCCUCAGCUCAGAUGGGGUGCUCCAUCAGCAGCUGGCUUGGCCUCCCUGCUUCCUGGUUCUGGCCCCUGUUGGGCUGAGAAGGUACCCUUCUUUGGGGGACCUGGGGACUGGCCCCCCAGGUGAGGGGCUGGGGUGCACCUGUCACCCACCCCACAGCCAGGGGCUGGAGCAUUUGGGAGUGGCAAGGGCUGGAGAAGGAGCAAAGAUUAUAAAAUUGCCUGAGACUGGUUCUAGUAAGAAAUCCCCUACAGCUGGGCUUUUCUGACCCCAUGUUGUUGAUAAAUAAAAUAAAUCAUCUUACAAAAAGG